AUUCUAUACAAUUAAUUUGUAAAUCCAAAAAGAUGAGUUUUAUGUUGAAUCCAAACAUCCUUGUUCUUAAGGAUGGAACUGAUGAGUCUCAAGGAAAGGGACAGAUCAUCUCAAACAUCAAUGCCUGCCUCUCUGUAGUUGACGUCAUUAGGACUACUCUAGGUCCAAGGGGAAUGGAUAAACUCAUCCAUACUGAGAAAGAUGUGACCAUCUCCAAUGAUGGAGCCACUCUCAUAUCUCUUCUAGAUAUUGUACACCCUGCAGCCAAAACUCUUGUCGAUAUUGCUAGAAGUCAGGAUAACGAAGUAGGUGAUGGAACCACCUCAGUCACUCUUCUUGCUGGAGAACUCUUGAAGGAAGCCAAGACUUUCAUUGAGGAGGGAAUGCACUCUCAAAUCAUUAUCAGAGGAUUGAGGAAAGCAAUGACUGAAGCUGUCAAUAGAAUCAGAGAGAUCUCAGUCAAGCUACAUGAUAAGGAUGAAGAAGAGAAAAGGGACAUGCUCAAGAAAUGCGCAAUAACUAGUCUCAAUUCAAAACUUAUUAAUAGCUAUAAGGAAUUCUUCGCAGAUAUGGUAGUCGAUGCUGUCAGCCAUCUUGAUGAUGACCUUAACAAGAAAAUGAUUGGUAUCAAGAAGGUCACUGGUGGUAGCGUCACUGACUCUAUGCUUGUUGAAGGUGUUGCCUUUAAGAAGACUUUUUCUUACGCUGGAUUCGAGCAACAGAAGAAGCAAUUUGAAAAUGCCAAGAUCUGCCUCCUUAAUAUGGAAUUAGAACUUAAGAGCGAGAAAGAAAAUGCUGAGAUCAGAAUUGAAAACCCAGAGGAAUAUCAAGCCAUUGUUGAUGCUGAAUGGAGAAUCAUCUAUGACAAAUUAGAGAAGAUCGUCGAAUCCGGAGCUCAGGUCGUCCUCUCUAAGUUACCAAUUGGAGAUCUGGCAACUCAAUACUUUGCUGACAGAGGACUCUUCUGUGCAGGAAGAGUAAACAUUGAAGAUCUCAAGAGAGUCUCAGCUGCUACUGGAGCCCAGAUCCAGACAACCCUUGCUGGAUCCACUGAUUUCCUCGGAAUUUGCGGAAAGUUCGAGGAAAUUCAGAUCGGAGACGAGAGAUUCAACAUGUUCACUGGAUGCCCGCAAGCUAAGAGUGUGACUCUUAUCCUUAGAGGAGGAGCUCAGCAAUUCAUUGAGGAAGCUGCUAGAUCUCUCAACGAUGCUAUCAUGAUCGUAAGAAGAGCUAUCAAGGCUUACGCUGUCGUUGCUGGAGGUGGCGCCAUCGAAAUGGAGCUAUCCAGACACUUGAGAGGUUAUUUGAGAACUAUCUCUGGUAAAGAGCAAUUAGUUAUCAGUUCUUUCUCAAAGGCUUUGGAGGUAAUUCCAAAGACUCUUGCUGACAAUUCAGGAAUGGAUGCUACUGAAAUCGUCAACAAGCUUAGACAGAAACACAACGUUGGAGAAGUCUUAGAAGGAAUGUGGUACGGAGUUGAUGUUCUUAAUGAGAGAGUCGGAGACACUUUCGAACAAUUUAUCUGGGAGCCAGAACUAGUUAGAAUUAAUGUACUCGUUGCUGCAACUGAAGCUGCUUGUAGAAUUUUGAGUGUUGACGAGACAGUUAAGAAUCCUUCAAGUGAGCAAGAUCAAAAUGAAGCCAGACGUAUGGCUGCUCUUCAAGGAAAGCAACCACAGAUGGGCCGUGGAAUGCGCGGAAGAGGAGGAAGAUAAACAUAUUAAUAUAUAAUCAACAUAAUCAUCA